AUGUUUUUCAAAAGCAUUGCUACCCUAGCUAUCUUCACCGUGGGCGCUUUAGCCCGAGACUCCCUUCACUUUGUGAACUGUGGAGAGGGCGCAAAUGGUAAUCCAGCCUCUGAUUCGGUCAUUGUUUUCUGCAAUGACGACUCUAACUGCCACUUCAACCCUGCCCCAAGCAACUACUGCGUUGUAAGCAGCGGCGGCACCCUGACAACCUGGGAGCGAUCUGGCGAUUGCACCUUCACUACAGGUGUCCGUGUCAACUGGAGUAUCAGAACCGAUGCUCGAAACCAGCCAGACUUCUCGACCGUCGGAAGCGCUGGUAAUGGCGCCCAGAACUUUAGCUGCAUGAAGGACAACAGUCCAGUUAUGUAUGUCGACUCAUUUGGUCAGGCAUGCAAGAGCAUCUAUUACUGCUUUUAA